AUGCGAGAGAACAAGCUGGUGGUCAUCGGCGCCGGCGGCGUGGGCAAGACCUCGCUCAUCGUGCAGUUCAUGGAAGGAUUGUUCGACGGUGCGUACAAGCCCACGGUGGAGGACUGCUACAGAAGCUCCAUACAGACGCCAGUCCGUUUUGGUGGUGCAGUGGCCAUUCUGCUCGGCUGCCGGCCCGAAAGUCAAGGCGAGCUUGCCGAAGUUUUCAACGAAGCAUCUGUAGUAGGCACAGAGUCCCAGGAUUCGCCUCAAGGCCUUCUUGUCCCGUACCUUCAGAAAGUUGUCGACAGCUGUAAUCUUUUCGGGAUCUGGGCGGACACCUUCAGCACCAACAAUGUGUGCGAAGAACCGCAGCUCGGGAAAUCCGAAGUGGCAUUUCUGCGGUUUGACAGUCAGUGCUGCCGCGCGAAAGACGUUCAGUACUGUCCUCAGACAGUGGAUGUGCUGCUCGAAGGUAGAAGAAAAAACUACUACAUCAUCGAGAUAGACGAAGCAUGA